AUGUCUUCUAACAUAUAUUUAACAUAGACAUAAAUUCAUGAUUUGUUUUAGCCUUGUGAAACAAAAAAAACUGAGGUUAAAACAUUAGAAAUACCAUCUUUUGGAGAUGUUAAUUCAAGUGAAUAAUCGCCAGAAUUUCAGUAGGAAGUAAAAGAAUUAUCAUUAUAAUUGAAGGCAUACUAUUUUAUGUCUAGUUGUAAAAAAGAUGAAAACUACACUACUAAUCCCACAAAUAACACUAACCGACAUUUGAGUUAGGAUUCUAUUAUAGAAUUGAAAGAUGACACAGUUAAAAGUAUUUAACAAUGUAUAUUUAAUUCAGUAUCUAAGUCUGAAUAUGAAAGUUUGAAGAGAGAUGCUUAGAACUAUUAGGCUCUGAUGAAAUUGAAUGACAAAUUGAAAGCUCAUAAAUAAUUAAUAAAUCAAGCUCAUUCUUAUCGAUGUACACAAGUUUGUUAUUUAAAAUUAGCUCAAAUAUAUGUGACAUAAGAAUGCAAUAAAAAGUUAUAGGGACACAUUUAUGAACUACUUCAGAAUAUAAAAAUAUUGGAAGCUGAAAAUCAAUAAUUUUCUGAAGAUUUAUUAAUACUAAGAUUGUAAAUAUAAGAUUAAUUAAAAAUUAUUCAACAGGGAAAGAUUGACAUGGAAAGAUUAAAAAUAUUGAUGAUUGAAAAAGAUGAAAAUUUGAUAAAAUUAUAAGUAAAGUAUAAGAAACUUUUGAAUGAGACUGAGAGGACAAAGAAUUCGAAAAGUGCUUAACGAAGUACUUAUGUUUCUACUCAUACUUCAAGUCCUUUAUUUAAAGGUCUAUCAAGAAUAUGUCUAAAUAAUUAUUGUAACACAAGUUUUGUGAGUGAAAAAAAGCCAUGA